CAACAAACAUAUAUCACUCAAACAGUACACAACACUUCUUAACUCUCUAUAUUUGGUUGCAUCAUAUCAUAUAUAUCCCUCUUUCUUUUUCUAAUAGCAUGGCUUCAUCUCCAUUGAUUUUCACAGUUCGAAGGUCCCAACCAGAGUUGGUGCGUCCAGCUGCACCCACUCCUCGCGAAGUUAAACUACUAUCUGACAUAGAUGAUCAAGAGGGCCUCCGUUUCAAUAUUCCUUUGACAUUUGUCUUUCGUCACGAAUCAUCAAUGACAAAGAAAGAUCCUAUUAAAGUUCUUAGACAUGCACUCUCUCAAACACUUGUUUAUUACUAUCCAUUAGCGGGAAGAAUUACUGAGGGAGCUGGGGGCAAGUUGAUGGUGGAUUGUAAUGGUGAAGGUGUCAUGUUCGUUGAAGCUGAAGCUGAUGUAACGCUUGAUCAAUUUGGUGACUCUCUCCAUCCUCCAUUCCCUUGUUUUCAAGAACUUCUAAACGACGUUGAAGGCUCUGAACAAAUUAUUGACCGUCCCAUUCGACUCAUACAGGUGACACGUUUCAAGUGUGGUGGUUUCAUGAUAGCAAUAAGUUGGAACCAUACAAGUGGUGAUGCAGCUGGUUUGAAACAAUUCAUGAAUGCUUGGGCAGAAAUGGCUCGAGGAGCACAUCAACCUUCCAUUCAACCUGUGUGGAAUAGAGAGCUUUUAAUGGCAAGAGACCCUCCACGCAUUACAUGCAAUCAUCGUGAAUACGAACAAAUUAUACUUCCGCCAAAUACCAUCAAGAAAGAAGAUACUACUGGUACCAUAGUCCAUCGAUCUUUCUUCUUUUCACCUGCUCACAUAGCUGCACUUCGUUGCUUGGUUCCGCUUCACCUUCGUCAAUGCACAACAUUUGAUCUUAUCACUGCAUCCUUUUGGCGUUGCCGCACAAAAGCAUUGCAAUUAGAGCCAGAUGAAGAAGUACGAAUGAUGUGCAUCGUAAAUGCACGUUCGAGGUUUACUCCAAACCAACAAUCGUCACUUGUUGGAUAUUAUGGUAACUUCUUUGCUUUCCCGGCGGCUGUCACCACCGCAGGGAAGCUUUGUGGAAACCCGCUAGGUUAUGCAGUGGAAUUGAUACGAAAAGCAAAAGCUCAAGUUACAGAGGAAUACAUGCAUUCUGUGGCAGAUCUUAUGGUUAUUAAAGAACGAUGUUUAUUUACAACUAUAGGGUCUUGUAUUAUUUCUGAUCAAACUCGUGCUAAGUUUACAGAAGUGAAUUUUGGAUGGGGUGAGGCAGUGUAUGGCGGAGUUGCAAAAGGCGGGGCUGGCCCUUUUCCUGGUGCAACAUAUAUUGUCCCACAUAAGAAUGUAAAUGGAGAAGAAGGUUUGAUAUUACCAAUUUGUUUGUCCUCUGAAGAUAUGAAGAGGUUUGCUAUAGAGUUAGAUGAGAUGCUUGGUAGCAAAAAUCAUCCUACAAUGAGUAGUUCUAGUUUUAUCAUGUGUGCUUUGUAGUUUAUUGCUUGUUAUGUUCCAACCGAUUAGUAUUCCCUUUGAUUUUAAAUAUAAAUAAAUGUUGGCCAA